GGACGCGGGGCGCGACGCGGGGCGGUACCGGAACCGGCGGCGGCCGCGGUGGCAGGAGGGGGGCGGCCGGGCUGCCCGGAGCCCCAUGCAGCACGGCGGCGGCCAGGCGCGCCAUGGGGACCCUGUUCCGCAGCGAGCCCAUGUGCCUGGCGCAGCUCUUCCUGCAGUCAGGCACGGCCUACGAGUGCCUCAGCGCGCUGGGCGAGAGGGGCCUGGUCCAGUUCCGAGACCUCAACCAGAGUGUAAGUUCUUUCCAAAGAAAAUACGUUGGUGAGGUGAAGAGGUGUGAGGAACUGGAGCGGAUACUGGUGUACUUGGUGCAGGAAAUCCACCGAGCGGAUAUUCCGGUUCCCGAGGGCGAGUCCUGUCCCCCCGCGCCACCGCUGAAGCAGGUCCUGGAGAUGCAGGAGCAACUGCAGAAGCUCGAGGUGGAGCUGCGGGAAGUGACCAAGAACAAGGAGAAGCUGAGGAAGAACCUGCUGGAGCUGAUCGAGUACACGCACCUGCUGCGGGUCACCAAAGGCUUUGUCAGACGCAAUGUGGAGUUUGAACCCACCUACGAAGAAUUCCCAUCCUUGGAGAAUGAGUCUUUGCUGGACUACAACAUGCAGAGGCUGGGAGCGAAGCUGGGGUUCGUGUCCGGCCUGAUUAACCAAGGGAAGGUGGAAGCCUUUGAGAAGAUGCUGUGGCGGGUCUGCAAGGGCUAUACCAUCCUGACCUACGCAGAGCUGGACGAGCUCCUCGAGGACCCUGAGACGGGAGAAGCGGUGAAGUGGUGUGUGUUUUUAAUCUCCUUCUGGGGAGAGCAGAUUGGCCACAAGGUUAAGAAGAUCUGUGAUUGCUACCACUGCCACGUCUACCCCUACCCCGGUACUGCUGAGGAGCGCAGAGAGAUCCAGGAGGGGCUGAACACCCGCAUCCAGGACCUGUACACCGUGCUGCACAAGACUGAGGACUACUUACGGCAGGUGCUGUGCAAGGCCGCCGAGUCCGUGCACGCCCGCGUGGUCCAGGUGAAGAAGACGAAGGCCAUUUACCACAUGCUCAACAUGUGCAGCCUGGACGUGACCAACAAGUGCCUCAUCGCCGAGGUCUGGUGCCCUGAGGCCGACCUGCCUGCCCUGCGCCAGGCGCUGGAGGAGGGCUCGCGAGAGAGUGGCGCCACACUUCCCUCCUUCAUGAAUACAAUUCCAACCAAAGAGACGCCCCCGACCCUGAUCCGUACCAACAAAUUCACCGAGGGCUUCCAGAACAUUGUGGAUGCCUACGGGGUGGGCAGCUACAGAGAAGUGAAUCCAGCCCUCUUCUCCAUCAUCACCUUCCCCUUCCUGUUCGCGGUGAUGUUCGGCGACUUUGGACACGGCUUUGUGAUGUUCCUGUUUGCCCUCCUGCUGGUGUUGAAUGAGAAUCACCCCAGCCUCAGCCAGUCCCAGGAGAUCAUGCGAAUGUUCUUCAAUGGCCGCUACAUCCUGCUGCUGAUGGGUCUGUUCUCCGUGUACACCGGCCUCAUCUACAAUGACUGCUUCUCCAAGUCCAUGAACCUGUUUGGCUCUGGAUGGAACGUGUCCGCCAUGUACAGCGCCAGCCACCCUGCGGCAGAGCGGAAGGGCCUGGUGCUGUGGAACGACAGUGUCGUCAGGCAUUCCCGGGUUCUGCAGCUGGAUCCCAGUGUUCCUGGGGUGUUCCGAGGCCCCUACCCGUUUGGCAUUGAUCCUAUUUGGAACUUGGCCACGAACCGCCUCACUUUUCUAAAUUCCUUCAAAAUGAAAAUGUCUGUGAUUUUAGGAAUUAUUCACAUGACUUUUGGUGUCGUUCUGGGAAUAUUUAACCAUUUGCACUUCCGGAAGAACUUCAACAUCUACCUGGUCUCCAUCCCGGAGCUGCUGUUCAUGCUCUGCAUCUUUGGCUACCUGAUCUUCAUGAUCAUCUACAAGUGGCUCGUCUACUCGGCCGAGACGUCGCGCGUGGCACCCAGCAUCCUGAUCGAGUUUAUCAACAUGUUUCUGUUCCCUGCCAGUCCCACCAGCGGUCUCUACUGGGGCCAGGAGCACGUGCAGAGGCUGCUGCUGGGCAUCGUCAUCCUGUCGGUGCCCGUCCUCUUCCUGGGAAAGCCCCUGUUCCUGCUGUGGCUGCACAACGGGCGCAGCUGCUUCGGCGUGAACCGGAGUGGGUACACCCUGGUCAGGAAGGACAGCGAGGAGGAGGUGUCACUGCUCGGGAACCAGGACAUUGAGGGCGGUGGCGACCCACAGGAAGACAGCUCCCGGGAUGUGCUGUGCAAAGAGUUUAACUUUGGGGAGAUCCUGAUGACCCAGGCGAUCCACUCCAUUGAGUACUGCCUCGGCUGCAUCUCCAACACGGCCUCCUACCUACGGCUCUGGGCCUUGAGCCUGGCUCACGCACAGCUGUCCGAAGUGCUGUGGGCUAUGCUCAUGCGCGUGGGCCUCCGUGUGGACACCACCUACGGGGUCCUGCUGCUGCUGCCCUUCAUCGCGCUGUUUGCCGUGCUGACCAUCUUCAUCCUCCUGAUCAUGGAAGGGCUGUCGGCGUUUCUCCAUGCCAUCCGCCUCCACUGGGUAGAAUUCCAGAACAAAUUCUACGUUGGUGCAGGCACCAAAUUUAUUCCUUUCUCAUUCAGUCUGCUUUCGUCAAAGUUGUGCAGCGAGGACCACACGGCAUGAGCACAGUGCUGCCUCCUACCGGCGUUCAGAUUUCUCAGGAGUGAUCACCUUCGAGAAUUUCCUUGAUGUCACAUUUAGGACAUACAAAAAAAAUCUGUCUGAUUGAUUGCCUUACGAUACAGCCAGAUAACCCUGUAAGAUAUACCUCCUCCUUGUAUGAUAAAUAUUUGUAAGGUUCUGUAAUGUAAGAUUUCUAAUUUUUUUUGUUUUUAUGAUGAGCAAAUAUAAGUUAAUGCCAA